UAUCGCCCGAGCAAAUGUUGUGAGAAGUACUUUGAAGACAGUUAAAUUGUAUUUAAAAUUGUUAAAAAGCUUUGGUAAAAACGGCAUCGAAUUGACGAACAAAAAUGGCAACUCGCGGCGGUCCAAUGGUCGCGGGAACCGAUGGAAAUGACUUCGAGUUUAGGCAGAAAGUGGCAAACACAUAUCAAAUUAGCUUGUUGAACAAAUCGCGUCUAAAGUACUGCAUUUUCUUUCAUGCCCUGCUAUUCUUUGUCAUGCUGGCCAAGCUAACGUCUGACAUAUUGGAUCGCUUGGAUAUAUUUGUGCUAGAAAUCGAAGAGUUGGAGGUGCCGCAGCCACUGUGGUGGGAAUACGUUUGGGCUGCCUCGCUGCUCACAUCGUUUCUGGGCCUUUCAGCGGCACGUGGCAACAAGGUCCGCGAUAUGCAAAAGUAUAUGAUUGCCAUUUUGAUAAUGGCUGUGCUCCCGCUGCUUUACUGUUUCGCCUAUUACUUUUCCGACGUUUGGGAGUUUUUGACCAUGGACAAAGCCUUAGAGCUGGACGAAACGGACAUUUUCGUAUGGCGCGGAUUUCCGUAUGGUGUAUUUUGGUAUGCCUUUUGUUUUGUGGGCUUCCAGAUUCAUGGGUUCACACUUUACUUUGCGUACAAUCUAGUCAAGGCCUGGAAGGCGCGGUCAUCCACACGUAAAUUUCAGUAAAUCAAUAAAAUAGUGGAAAUACUACUAAAUACUCGCCAAAUUAGUGAAACGUCAAAGCAAGAUGCUGUAGGGCUAGUUGUAAAUAAUUUGAAAAAAAAAAAACUUAAAACUAUCUCUCUAGUGCACAAAAGCAAAACAGAAAUAAUAAUAAAUCACACAUUUUUAAUAAUCAGACAUCAUAUUUUCAGAAUGAAAAAAUUACCAACGUUAUAGUUAUUGUUAAAGUUAAAACGUUCAAGCGUUACAUACUACAUAAAAAAAAAAGUAAAUAUAUAAACAAUUAUCCAUAUACAUACGAUACACAUGCAACCUUAUAAAGUCGAAUCGACAUCAAAGCAACUGAAGCCACCAAAUUUCCCAAGUCAAAAAGGAAACAAAACGAUAAUAACAAGAUGUAAACUUAAUAUUCUCUUUUGUGGUCU